CAUGCCAAUGCCGCUUUUCGUUUUCUGUUUACAUUUUUUUCUUGUUCGGCGCGUUUUGUUAAUUUAAAAAUUUCAAAAACAAAAAACUAUAUUAAAAAUGAGUUUCCUAAAACCAAAAUCUAUUAUAGAGCAAGGCGAUACGGUAAUUAUUUAUCUAAGUGUAAAUAGUAUGCAUGCAAUCGAGGCCGUACCCAAUAUUGUCAACAAAAAAGGUGAAGUUAUCGAGUAUGUCUUCCAAACGAGUUUCGGUGCAUUAAAAGUUAAAAACAUCAUUGGUGUUGAGUAUGGUAGUAAAAUUGAAUUAACCCGUGGUUGGGCGUAUGUCUUGCAACCAAAUCCAGAACUCUGGACCCAAACCUUACCCCAUAGAACACAAAUCAUUUACACACCUGACAUUAGUAUGAUUCUAUUUCAAUUGGAAAUUAAGCCGGGUAGUGUUGUCAUUGAAUCGGGCACUGGUUCAGGGUCAUUGUCACAUUAUUUCCUACGUGCAGUUAAACCUUACGGGCAUUUGCAUACAUUUGAUUUUCAUGAGGCGCGAGCUCAGCAAGCACGAGAGGAAUUCCAAAGUCAUGGACUCGGUGACUGUGUCACAGUGUACCAUAGAGACGUUUGUCAAUUUGGAUUCACAAACGAAUUAAAAGGCAAAGCUGAUGCAGUGUUUCUUGAUUUGCCAGCACCACAGUUAGCUGUGCCGCAUGCCUUCGAAGCUCUUAAAUCUUCUGGUGGUAGAUUUUGUUCGUUCUCGCCGUGCAUUGAACAAUCCCAACGAUGCUGUGAGGCACUCCAACAACUUGGAUUCACCGAGAUUCAAUCACUUGAGGUACUGCAAUCCGAAGACACUGUAAGAACAAAAAAUAUCCCAGUUAUGGACCUGGAAUUCUUAAAGCACAAGAAACCUACAUCUAGUGUCAAUAAUGAUAAUGGCGAAGAAGCUGCAUCUGAAAAAGAAAAGAAAGAACCAACAAAAACUCCAAAAGAAAUAAAGAAAGUUCUCACAUCAAUGGCGCCACUAUCCUUACCAGGUCAUACUGGUUAUUUGACUUUUGCAACAUUACCACCAGCAUUUGCCAGAUAGUCGAAUCUAAUUCGUGUUGUCAGAGUUCUAUGGCAUAAUAUGUUUGUUAAUGAAGAUAAAUAAAUUGAUACAUUUUAUAGAAAAAUAUUUACU